GCUGUACCCCGCUCUCCUUACCAGACCAGAUGCCACAUCCUCAGGCUCCGGAGGAAGAGUGCCCCUGGCGCCCAAUUAAAAAAUGGCCUCCGCCUUCAACCCUAGAGAGUGUAAAUUGUCCAAACAAGAAGGGCAGAACUAUGGCUUCUUCCUGCGCAUUGAGAAGGACACCGAUGGCCACCUGGUCCGGGUGAUUGAGAAGGGGAGCCCAGCAGAGAAGGCAGGGCUCCUGGAUGGGGACAGAGUUCUCAGGAUCAACGGUGUCUUUGUUGACAAGGAAGAGCACGCACAGGUGGUGGAUCUGGUGAGAAAGAGUGGGAAUUCCGUGACUCUGCUCGUCCUGGAUGGAGACUCCUAUGAGAAGGCUGUAAAAACACAGGUGGACUUGAAAGAAUUAGGCCAAAGCCAGAAGGAGCCAGCUUUGAACGAUAAGAAACCAGGCCCUGUGAUGAAUGGGGCAGUGGAGACGUGCGCCCAGCCACGGCUCUGCUACCUGGUGAAGGAGGGCAACAGCUUUGGCUUCUCUCUGAAAACCAUCCAAGGUAAAAAGGGUGUGUACCUCACUGACAUAACACCCCAAGGAGUGGCCAUGAAGGCGGGUGUCCUGGCCAACGACCACUUGAUUGAAGUAAAUGGAGAAAACGUAGAGAACGCCAGCCACGAGGAAGUGGUGGCGAAGGUGAAGAAGGCAGGGAACCGGGUCGUGAUCCUCCUGGUGGACAAGGAGACCGCCAAGUGUCACAGUGAGCAGAAGACACAAUUCAAGAGGGAAACGGCCAGUUUGAACCUGCUGCCCCAUCAGCCCCGGGUGGUGGUGAUCAAGAAGGGAAGCAAUGGCUACGGAUUCUACCUGAGGGCCGGCCCUGAACAGAAAGGUCAAGUCGUCAAGGAUGUGGAGUCUGGGAGCCCAGCAGAGGCAGCUGGCUUGAAGAACAAUGACUUGGUGGUUGCUGUCAAUGGAGAGUCUGUGGAAACCCUGGACCACGACGGCGUGGUGGAAAUGAUUAAGAAGGGCGGAGAGCAGACUACACUGUUGGUGGUGGACAAAGAGGCAGACAGCAUCUACAGACUGGCUCGUUUUUCUCCACUGCUCUACUGCCAAAGCCAAGAAGUGCCUAAUGGUUCUGUCAAGGAAGCUCCAGCUCCAGUCCCUGCUCCUCUGAAGGCUGCAAGCUCAGACACCACAGAGGAUGCGGGAGAUUACAAACCCAAGCUCUGUAGGUUGAUCAAAGUGGACGACAGCUAUGGCUUCCACCUGAACACCAUUCAGGGUCAGCCAGGCUCCUUUGCCAAAGAGGUGCAGAAGGGUGGCCCAGCUGACAAGGCUGGGCUGGAGGAUGAGGACAUCAUCAUUGAAGUGAACGGGGAGAAUGUGCAAGACGAGCCCUACGAGAGCGUGGUGGACAGAAUCAAGGGCAGCGGCGAGCACGUCACCCUCUUGGUCUGUGGGAAGAAGGCCUACGACUACUUCCGAGCUAAGAAAAUUCCCAUCGUUUCCUCCAUGGCUGACCCCCUGGUCGCUAGCCCUGGUGGCGAAGGAGAAACAGCUGCGGCAGCAGCGGCAGCGGCGGCGGUGGCAGCGGCAGCGACAGCAACAGUGGAGUCCCAGCCGGACUCCCACACAGCAAAAGAGCGCACUUACAGCACAUCCUCGCUUUCUUCUUCCGACUCUGAAGACACAGAGAUGUGAUGAGAACGAAUGAUGGUUUUGGCUGCCGGAUUUCUUCCACGUCCAGGAACUACCUUUCCAAGGAAGGAGCUCUCUGCUGACCCAGUUAGGCCUUUGGAAUCACUUGUCCCACGUGACUGUCUGCUGUUGGAAUGGCUGCUCAACCUCGCUGGAGGGAGCCGCCAGGUUCUUUCUAUGUGAUGUCUUCCAAAGUGCAACUUCCCACUGCUGUUGAUGAUGUUCUUCUGUAACUUCCUGAGCACUGGAGCUAUUCUUUUGUGUGUGUGAGUGCGGAUUAAAGGCUCAAGCAGGCAUCCUGUGAGAAGUGUGCUUCUGUAGCAAUGCUGAGCCUAAGCAUUAGAUUAGUAAAGUGCUUUUCAAGUUGCUUGUGACUUCCCUGCUGGCUAACAGAAUCUGAAUUUGAACAAUGCCUUUGUUCUCUAGAAACAUUUCAUGCUUUUCCAUUUGCUUCUAGAAGCCCCAAAUGGCAAAAUAAAUGCUAGGACCUUAGUAAUUUUUUUUUUUUUUUUUUUUUGGUUUUUUCGAGACAGGGUUUCUCUGUGGCUUUGGAGCCUAUCCUGGAACUAGCUCU